AUGGAUCAGGGAAAUAGAAAUAUCCUCAAGAACCUUGGAGCUGUGAUGCUCAUGGCUGCUCUCAAUUCGCUGUGUUUUAGCUCUUUACAAUCACUACAGAGCAGUUUUAAUUCGUCCGAAGGUCUCGGUCUAGCGAGCUUGAGUUGCAUGUACGCAGCAGGCAUGGUGUCCACUCUGCUGCUCGCACCCGUUAUGAAUAGGAGGCUUGGACUUAAGACCACAAUGAUCAUAGGUUCACUGUCAAUCGGUGUGUACGCUGUCAGCAAUUUCUUUCCUCGUUUUGAAAUCAUCAUUCCUUUGGCUCUUCUAUGUGGUCUUGGAAUCAAUUCUAUAUGGACAGCAAUAUCGACGUAUUUGAAUACCCUUGCCUCGAAGAAGGCACGUUUGACAAGCCAAACAACAGAGGGCCUUACGAACCGCUACUUAGCGCUUAUUCAAAUGUCUUGGCAAAUCAGCUAUGUAGUGUCAACGUUUCUUGUAUCUAAAGUGUUAGCAGUUACUAUGACUGGUUCGGAGGAUAAUAUCUUCAAGGGCCGGAAUUUCAGUCUGGGGCGUUGUGGAGCCCGGGACUGCGGAGCGGAGAUCCCGCAGGAGGCAACUGGUGCAGUCGAGGCACCCCGUCAAAUCAUCUGGAUAUUUCUCGGGUGUUUCUCAGCAUGUGGUUUGGUCCUCUCGCCUCUUGUUCUUGUCAUUUUCCUUGAUCCGAUGAAACCAAACUUGUACUCUACCGUCUCUAAGGAUGAUGCUGAGAUGUCUGAGAAAGAGGUAGUGACUGUCAAGGAGGGUACUACUAGUGAUGCUGGUUGGUUAGCGGUGCUGAGAGCCUUGAAGGAACCACACCUACUGAUGCUCAUGCCACUGGCUUUCUUUGCUGGAGUCCAUUUCUCUUUUGUCAUGGGAGAUUUCACCAAGUCAUACGUGAACUGUACACAGGGUAUACACGCAGUCGGUUACGUCAUUAUGGCAUUUGCUUCUGCCGAUGCCGUAGGAAACUUGGCCAUCGGACUGAUCCGUCAGUAUGUUGGGCGAGUGAUGUUUAUAACAAUAUCCGGAGCUCAUACUUUGGCUUUGUUGGUCGUAUGUUUAGUCUGGGACCCAGAGACAGGUGAAGUCUGGCACCUGUACGCCAUUGCUGUUUUGUUCGGGUAUGGGGAUGCAGUGUGGCAACUACAAACACGAGUGUUCAUCAGCGUGCUGUAUCCAGAUAACCCAGGGCCAGCUUUCUCUGCCUACUACUUCUGUUUCUUCUGUGGACUAACAGCUUCAUUUGCUGUCAGCAUCCCAGCGUCGGUAUGUGUGUCUUACAAACUCUACUCUAUCAUCUCGCUACUUCUUGUGUCUGUCUCGCUAUACUAUGUCGUCGAGAUAAGACUGAAGAGGCAAAAGCGUGCAAGGACGUGUGGGCAGACGGAGGAAAUAAGGAUGUGA